AUGUCCAAGUACGCCAACCAUCUUUCGCCAAAUCUUCCUUCAACCCAAAAGCUCACAAAGUCGCAGAAAUCUCGGGCUAGAAGAGAGCCGUCUGGCGUAUUCUCGCUGUUCCAGGCACCCCAAAUUCAGCAGUUUAAGGAAGCCUUUCAACUGAUUGACCACGACAAGGAUGGUUGGGUUAACGAAAGCGAUCUACGAGAAAUUUUCACAAGUCUUGGCAUAACCCCUACGCAAACGAUGCUCGACGACCUUCUAUCAUCUAGACCUGGAGAUACUUCUUCUAUAUCAUCAGUCGACAAAGGCAUCAACUUCACAAUGUUCCUCACUAUGAUGAGCGAAAGGCUCUUCGAAUUUGACACUGAACCAGAGCUUCUGGUAGCUUUUGAAAGUUUUGAUGAAAACGACAACGGCACGGUUAAAGUGGAGGAUAUGCGAAGGUGGUUGGCCGAAUUGGCAGAUCGAAUGAGUGAACAAGAGAUUGACAAGUUUUUGAAAGGACCCUUCACGGACAGACAAGGAAACUUCAACUAUCGGGAAUGGAUCAAAGUUCUUCGCGUCAAUGAGGAUGGCAAUGAAGUCGAAGGACAGACAUAA